UAGACCCAUAUGUAAGUAAGUUAUUGCCAAAUAAUGUUACUGCAUUGUUAAGGUAACACAUAUAUGUUAAAAACGCAAGUUAAAGUUGAAAACAAUAAGUAUAAUGAAAGUCAGUGAAAACUAAAAGUAAAAUGGUUGCUGCCGUUGCUUUUCCACUUGUGAAGUUGGGACUUCUGGCAGUGCGACAAAUAGCAAAACCUCUAGCGAAUUGGAUCAAAACCAGGGCUAAAAGAAGCUUUUUCUUUCGUACUUAUGUAUGCAUGCCACCCGCACAGAUGUAUAACUGGAUGGAAGUAAAUGUCAAGAUGAGGAUGUUAAAUCUUGGAAAACCUUCAGAAGUACCAAAGCUAAAUGAAGCUAUGGCCAUUGAUUUAGGAGCUGAACUUUUGGGUGAAGCAGUUAUUUUUUUUGUUGCUGCAGCCUCGAUAAUAGCCGAGUACAUAAGAUCAUCAUUAAAAGAGAAGGAUAAAAAAGUUGCUAAGGAACAACAUUUUACAAAUUUAGAAAGUAAGAUAAAUUACCUCAAGUUUACUGUUGAUAGACAAGAAGCAGAAAUUAGACACUUAACCCGUGUUUAUUAUGUCUUAGAACAAAACCAUUUAAAAAAUAAACAGACAAAAAACAAGCCUUCUAACCAUGCAUCAAAUAGUGGUGUUGAGUCAGAUAAAAACACAGGAGUCCUACAGCAGGCAAUAGAUUAUGCUGUCAUAUCUAUAACAGGAAAAAGAUGAUAUACACUGAAAUGUUAAUAAAGUUAUUUAAUUAUUUUUGAAGGUGUGUUAAUCAGUAGUUUUAUGUUGCAAGUCUAAGAUGGCUUGUAACAUCUGUUUGUUUGCUAGUUUUAUUUAAGAAACUUAAAAGCAAAUAAUGAAUCAUUAAAUUAUAUAGAUAAUUGUUAUUUUAUAUUAAUGAGAGAACUAGUCAAAGUUAAUACUGUAUUGAAUUUUAUUGAACUUGAAAGCUAGAGAUUUAUUUGUGUAAAUCUUAAAUGUAAGAAAUUAAUUUAUAUACAAACACUUUUAGCUGUAUGUUAUUUACAUUUCAAUACUGUAUAGUUUCCAGAAUUUUUAAUGGUAUUAAAAUAAGUAUUUAACAAAGAAAGUUGUCAAGUGAGACAGGUAGCAAAAGCUAAAUACCCCAUCAGAAAGUCAAUGUUCAUGAGACACUAAAGUUUUCUAUGUGAUAUGUAUUUAGAUAAUAUUAAAUGUUGUAGUAAUCAAUAUUUGAAAUUGUUCCUUUUUCAUUAUGAAGAUGUUUGCACUAGCUGCAUUCCAGUUAUUGUUUGUUGUAGCAAAAUAUAUUUUUCAUGUAAUGUAGCCUAUUAAAAAGAGAAAGUGUGGUUUUUAA